AUGAAUGAAACAAUUGUUGCAGAAGUCCUGAUUCUUGGGUUUGAUGGGUUUAAUGAAUACAGAAUUCCACUUUUCCUUCUCUUAUUGGUUAUCUACACCCUUACCUGCAUUGAGAACCUUCUUAUGAUCUCUGUAAUAUGGAAGAGCCCUCGUCUCCACUCCCCCAUGUACUUUCUGAUCAGCAAUUUAUUAUUUUGCGAGUUUGUUGGCACCACAGGCAUUGAUCCAUCAGUGAUGCAAAACAUCCUAUGGGGAAGAAGUGUUGUUCCUUUUGUUGAUUGUGUCAUUCAGAUGCAUGUAGUGAUUGCUAUUUUAGUCUUUGAGACUUUUCUACUGACGCUGAUGUCCUAUGACCGAUAUUUGGCGAUCUGUCAACCGUUGAGAUAUUCGGCUCUCAUGCACAAUAGACUCUGCCUGUAUCUCAUCAUCAGCUUUUGGUUAUUUUCAGCCAUGGUUGUAGCAGUUUCAUUUUACUUCUUUAUGAGUCUAAAAUUUUGUGCCCCUGUCAUCAUCUAUUAUUUUUUUUGUGAAUGCACUGCAUUCUCUGUUAAAUGGUGUGUUAUAUCAAACACAAAACCCCUCUACAUAUUUGGCUGGGUAAUAACGUAUCUACUUAAUCUACCUUUUGCGUUUAUUGUCUUGUCCUACCUACUGAUCAUUAUCUCCAUCCUGAGGAUAAAGACAUCAGCCAGGAGACAGAAAGCCUUCUCCACCUGCAGCUCCCAUCUUGUGGUGGUGACUUUAUAUUUUGGAAUACCAUUUGCUACAUAUAUGCACUGA